GUCAUGGAGGAGGAGAUAGUGGAGACACCAGAGGAGCAGCUGGCUAAGCAGCACCGCAAGGAAAAGAAAGAUUUACAAGCUAAAAUCCAGAGCAUGAAAAAUGCAGUCCCCAAAAAUGACAAGAAAAAGAGGAAACAGUUGACAGAGGAGAUCGCCAAGCUAGAGGCUGACCUCAACCAAAAACAUGAGGAGGAAUUCAGUCAACUCCAGUCUACAGCUGACAUAAAGUCUCACGAGGUGGCGGAGGUGUUAAAUGGAGUGCAGACCAUAAAGAUGGUGGAUGGAGAGCAAGAAGAGGCCAAACAGCCUCGUGUAACCAAGGCCCAGAGGAGAAGGGACAAGAAGGCUGCCCAGGAGAAGGAGAGGGAGAACAGGAUAGCAGAAGCUGAGGUGCAAAACCUGCAGGGCGUGAGGCACCAGGAGGGUUUGAUGCUGGCUCAGAAACUCGCCCAGCAACAGCUUCAGAUCAAGGAGAUCUCCUCUGACGGCCACUGCAUGUACCGUGCCGUUGAAGAUCAGCUGGCACAACGAUCAAAGCCUGGAUUAAUCAUGAGUGUGAAAGAACUGCGGUCCCGCACUGCUGAGCACAUGAGAAGCCAUGCUGAUGACUUCCUGCCUUUCCUCACCAACCCCAACACUGGUGACAUGUACACAACAGAUGAGUUUGAGAAAUACUGCAGUGAGGUGGAGCACACAGCAGCUUGGGGUGGACAGCUGGAAUUGAGAGCUUUGACCCAAGUUCUUCACUUGCCAAUAGAAGUGAUCCAGGCCAACUCCUCAGCUAUAAAGAUCGGGGAGGAAUUUGAUAGUGAGCCCAUCACCCUCGUCUAUAUGCGUCAUGCCUUUGGACUAGGAGAGCACUACAAUUCUGUGGAGCGGCUAAAGGACCCAGCCAACGCAGAGGACAGCUGAGAGGCAGCCCAGUCUUGGUGUGACAUAAACCAGUGUGUGUAAUACAGAGAGUGUUGAAACCACUCACACCAAGGGCCCCUAGAUACAAAUGUAUUUGGAGGGAGACCCCAUACUGAAGGCAUUGUUAAGCUGAGCUUCUCGGUUUAGAAGUCAAAAGAUAUCAGUGGGGGGAGCGAAAUUUAAUUCAUCCCUUCUGAGAACAGUAUCUUUGUGCUUAUGAAAAAUAGCAUAGAAAGGAAAGCAACUUAUUAAUCAUUUUACUCUGGACUCUCUUAGUCUAUCCCAAUAACUGACGGGGUUCCCUUCAGCAUCUUUAUCCAAAUCCACUUGGCAGGAGUGGAUGUAAGAGCUGUUGAUCACUCAACCAAAUGUCAACACUGAGGGGUUGUUGGACUCGUGCAGUGUUCUUGGAAAGAACUGAAUUGUUGAACUUGUAAAUCAUAUCAGUGUUACAUAAACACAUAAAAUACUAAUGACGUAUGCGACUGCUUGAUUUUUAAUAUGCCCAAUGAGGAAAAUAGCAUUAAUUGGUUUUAAAUAAACACUCUUCUCAAUAUGAGACUGUGAAAGAUGGCCAUUUUAUUUCUUCAACUUAAGGUGAUCGUUAGGAGGCAUCCAUUCAUUC